AUAAAGGCAGUCGUUUUGUGCCUCUCUAAUAGGUGACAGUGAAAAUGUCGUGUAGUGUUCUCUACAACCUUGAUGGGGUCUGGGACUUUAUCCGAAGACUUGUAAUUCUCUUAUAAUCUACAGUAGGUUAUUUCCCUAUGGGCCAAACUGUAAAUGAUAUCCUUAUAAACACGGCGCGUUUCUACGUCAGAACGCGCCGUUUAUACGUUUAAACUUAAUUGAAGCUGCUGCUCUCUCCCCCUACCCUUGUUUCCCAACAGUUUGGCUUUCAAACGCCACAUUUCAUUGCUUCCCCCACACGAAACACGCUCCAACCUGUUUCACUCCCUCCCAUGUAUCGAUUAUUUUUCCUUCCUCUUCAGCAGCUGCCUCCCUGCCAGGUUUGCUCCAGUCCUCACAAGAUUCCUCCCCCCUCCCGCCCACUAACUCAAAUAUCGCUCCCCCUCCCAUCCACUAUCUCAAAUCUCGCUCCUUCCCCUGCCGCCUCCUCCUCUCUCCCCCAUCUCUGAUGCAGCAGAAUGACAUCACACAGAGCAGGCUCCUGCAAAAGAAUCUGAAGAAAGCAAAAGAAAUACAGGGCUGAUUUUUCUGGAGACAACUAUUUGUACAGUGCCCCCCUGGCAGCUGGCAUUUCUGCCAUUAAUUGCUGAUGCCUCGUAAGAAGAAGCAAAGCGAAUGCUACGCACGCAAACCUCGCCUACUGUUCGUGGAGAGCCCAAAGCGGGGUCUGUGCCAUAAGUAUGAACUUCCCCCUCAUAUGGCUGUCCACCCUGUAUGUGCACCCACCAGACCUCUGGAUCACAAUGCAUCAACCUCUUGGGUUUGCCCACAGUUUGACCAGGCAGAAGAACUGCACUUCUCAGGACGGCGGAGACUACGCUAUAUGUUCAGCAACCGCACUUUGCAGAACCGCAAGCGGGAUGGGAAUCGCAGUAAGCUGAGAGGUAGCGGCAUUAGACCCGGCGCCUGCAAAUUACCCUCCUUAUCCUUUACGAAAGUGGCUCCCGACACCCCAAGAAAACGGCCUGGGGGGAAAACAACUGCUCCAUUGUCUUCCCCUCCACAAGAAGUACCGAGCACCCCAGAUGUACAAACCCCAGAAACCAGCCUUAACUGCAACCAGAGUACCGACUUACCUAAUGGAAUCCCUGUCAGUAGGUCACCGGAUAGAGGGCAAGAUGAGCAAAGGGAUGGGUUUGACUCCCCGGUGCUGGAGGGCCUGUCUCGCGUACUUGUAAAGGAUACUCCAGAGCGUGAAUAUGGGCUAAAAAACACAUGAGCUACCUGAAAGCACAAGGACAGCUAAAAAGCAGCCAGACUCUAGUGCCAAUGUGAAAGAGGGAAGGUUCCCAAGUUAAUUUAUCAGUUAAUAUAUAGGUUAAUAUAAUGCUUAGAACUGUAAUAUACAGGCAGGGACCAGACAAUGUCAAUGUAAUAAAGUAAAUAUUGCUAUGCACUUUUAUUGUUUCGGUUACUUUAUAAAGGUUUUACUUUCAGGGUUUUGCCUUGGCAGAACAAUUUUGGAUCCCGGAAGUGAACCGAAGUAAGCACUUAAAGUGGUUGGGUACCUUUGAGUUAACUUUUAGUAUGAUGUAUA